AUGAACACUUUGUCUUGCGUCGUCCUCGCCAUCUUGGUGGUCUCCGUGAGCACCGCGCCAGUGGACAACACACCGGUGCCUAUCGUGGCCUACACUGCUGAUGGACCGAACCCAGACGGCUCGUACGUGUUCAACUACGAGACUGGGAACGGCAUCAAGGUGGAGGAGCACGGUCAGCUGAAGCAGCUGAACGACACGAAUUCGGUGGUCGUCGUUCAAGGAUCCUACAGUUACUCAGACGCCGACGGAGUCCCUGUGGCUUUGAGCUACGUCGCCGACGAGAACGGCUUCCAGCCAAAGGGCGAGCACCUGCCAACGCCUCAUCCGAUCCCAGCAAGCAUCCUGAAAGCCCUGGAGUACAUCGCCGCGCACCCGGAGCAGGACAACACUCGUUGAUCGAGCGUCGGGCUGGA